AUGCCGCCGCAAGACUGGAAGAGCCACAAGGCGGAGCUGGACCACUAUGUCGCCGAGAGGAAACCACUUGACGAAGUCCGAGAUCUCCUCCGCGAGAAGCAUGGAAUCCACGCAUCGAAGCGCUUGUACCGGAAGAGGGUUGGUCUGGGUCCAGAAGAGAAGAGCAAGAAGAAGAAGAAGAAGAAGAAUAACAACAACAACAACAAAAACAACAUCAUCAUCGACAGAAUCAACAAGUCUGCAAGCGGACACCAACGUGCGAGAAGUACCUCGAGGAGGCCGAGCCCGGGCCUUCCUCCGCCUCGCUUGACUUUAGAUGGUCCUGAUACUGAGACCGGUCCGUCCUCGCCGAGGACCCUCGAGACACGGGCACGGCACCUAUCGGAGCGAGGGCCUUUCGCAGUCAUGUCCGCUUAUGAGAAGCUGUUGACGAGAUGGCAACCUCAAGGCGAAUCCGCGCUGUUGUGCGUUCAGCAUCCCAAGUUCGACGAGUGGGUGCAGCGCUCGAAUCCGGACAAUGGUCCGAUAUUGUUCAAGCUGAUCCAGGUCCUCGUCCCCCCCGAGGAGCAGCACAUGCUCAACAAAGCUUUCCUGGAGGAGGAUCUGCGGUCUCAUGGCAACCCGGACUAUCCCUUCGAGGCGUGGAGGUAUGCCUGGAGGUCCGUUCUCCGUUGCCAGGACUUGGAGGAGGAGGAGGAGGAGGAGGAGGAGCAUCCGGACGACGACGGGGAAUGCGAAGCCACCUACUGCUCCGAGGACUGGGAAAACGCAAAGGAGAUGCUGAGAGCGGACGCAACCAUCUCGCAGGUGGCGGGCCAGAGAUUCCUAGACUGCGCUCUGGUGGUGAUGGCCGAGCGGCGACUCACUGCUUGCAAGAACGACCCCAGUCACUGGAAGCGACGCAAGUACCUCGAUGUCCUCAAGGACUUCCGACAUUUGGAUGCCGAUGUUGACCCGUCUUUCUACAAAGACUCCCUACAGAUCAUCGAGAUGGAAGAGCAGGAUAACCUCCAGCCAAGUAAGCAGCGACGGUCUGAUCUGGCGGACGAAUAUCGCCAGAAGUAUCUCCAGCUCGUGAACCGCUGUACUCCGGAGAAGAGAGGCAUCAGCAGGCCAGCAGUAUGUCGGAGCGACAUCAGCACAAGUAGUGGUUGGAGUAGUCCAUCCCAUCGCCGUCAUUCGCCUGCCCUGGCAAGCGAUCACUACCCAAGUCCGUCGACCACCAACCACGACCCGUCCGUCCCGGCAGCGCCCAUCCCGGUGGCCUCCGCCGUCUUCUCCACCCUCGUCACCAAGUGGAAGACCCUCAACGACUUCAUCGAGUACGCCCACUCCCUCCUGGCCCUCGACGGCUGGACCCUCUCCAUCUUCAAGCCCUCCCCGGCCGGAGCCCCCAACCUCUUCGACCAGAUCACCAGCGCCCUCCCCUCCACCGAGCGCGUCCCUCUCAUCAGCGCGCUCCUCCUCGCCUUCUCCUCGACGACGACGACGACGACGACGGGCUCCGCCCCCCCGUGGAUCCUACGCUGGUGGUCAUCCAUCCACGCCUCCCCGACCUGGGAGCUCUACGAAGCGUCCCUCGAUCUCUGCCGCGGUAUCUUGCAGAGCAUCAUGUCGCCCGCCGCCGCCAAGUCCUUCCUCGAUGCCGUCGUGCUCCUCGUCGGCGAGAAGAUCCUGCUCGACAUCAAGACGCGGCUCGUCAAGGCGAAGAAGAAGCGGAGCGGGAGCGGCCGCGACGAGCUGGCGGAGCGGACCGCCUGUAAGGUGCUGGAGAGCCAGUACAUGGAGAUCCUGGGGGAGUUCUAUGCGCGCGGCCUGAAGGUUGAUCCGACGUGGACGUAUUAUCUGAUGAACGUGAUAUGA